ACCCCACAGCUCAAAACCUGACCACCAUAAGCCCCCUAAAACAACGCAGCGCUCAAACACUCUCUCUCUAUCGCUCUCUCUCUAUCUCUCUGUAGGCUCAGCAGCUGUAGCGUCCGAACAAUGGCGGACUAUGGCAGUGCAAUCUCUCUCUCCCAGGGUCGAGACCUUUCCCACACCUCCGAAGACGACGACUCGGAGCACAGCCCUCGUAGCGUGCCCAAUCUCUCAGCAGGAGCGACAAGGCCAGCAGGCUCAUCGCCACCGUCCAAGCCCAAGAAAACCACGGCCAUCUGCGAGUUUGGAUCGACGCCUGAGGUUUCAAAGAAGCCCAGAGGCCGACCGCCCGGCUCCAAGAACAAGCCCAAGCCUCCCAUUAUCAUCACAAAAGACAGCGACUCCGCCAUGAAGCCAGUCGUCCUCGAGAUCUCCGCCGGCUCCGAUGUGGUCGAGACGGUCAUACAGUUCGCGCGCAGGCGACACGUGGGCAUCAUUGUUCUCAGCGGGUCAGGGUCCGUUUCCAACGUGACUCUCCGACACCCCGUCUCCCACGCGCCGAGCCUUUCCCUGCAUGGACCCUUUAGCCUCCUCUCUCUAUCCGGAUCAUUUCAACAACAACAACAACCCUCUUCUUCUUCUCCUCCUCCUCCUGUUUCUUUUUCUUCUUCUUCUUCUUUUGGGAUAUGUCUUGCAGGGGCACAAGGGCAGGUGUUUGGAGGGAUUGUUGCCGGGAAAGUUAUCGCGGCGAGCCGGGUGGUGGUGGUGGCUGCCACGUAUACGAGCCCGGCGUUUCAUAGACUUCCGAGCGAAGCUGAUGAAGCUGGUGAGGAAGCAAAGCCUAACAUUGCUGCAAAUGCAAGCGAGUGUUGCAGUACGAGCAGUAAUGCCAUGUGCAUGCCUGUUUACAGCGUCGCUAGCCCUACCCCACUCAACUGCCAGAUUUCCCCUGAUGUUAUGCCUUGGGGUCCCACCUCCCGCUCUCCUUACUGAUCACUACAAGUCCAAGAAGGGAAAAAAAUUAUUAGUAUAGAAGUAUGCAAAUUCAAACAUCUAUAAAGUUUGAGGAUUUUUGGUAGCCUUUAUGAAAUGGUUUUUCCUUUA